AUGGGUGAAAAUGAAGAAGCGACGAAUGACAUGAUGCAGAGGCUACACUGUUCUUCUUCGUUUCUGAGACAGCCGUUGAACAUGGAGCAACUCAGCAUCCCGCAAUUCAACCCCUCGCAAAUGCGCGCACGGCAUCCGCAUCAGCAUCAGUUCGACGGUGGGAACAGUAACAAGCGCGCGGGUAUACCACCUUCGCACCCGCACCAGAUCCCGCCCAUUUCGCCCUACUCUCAGAUCCCGGUGACGCGUCAGCAGCAAAUGGGGUCGCUCAACAUUUCCCCUACACCCACCCACACGCGAUCACUCUCGCAACCUUCCUUUUUCUCCCUGGAUUCUCUCCCUCCCCUCAGCCCUUCCCCCUUCCGCGACUCUUCCUCUACCUCCGUCUCCGAAGCUGCUGACGUGUCCAUGGAAGAUCGUGACGUCACUUCUCAUUCCCUCUUGCCACCCUCACCUUUCGCCAGAACACUCAACACCUCAAACAACAGCAAUUUGCCUUUACCCCCUCGAAAAGCGCAUAGACGCUCUAACAGUGAUAUUCCGUUUGGGUUUUCCACCGUUUUGCAAUCUUCGCCACCGCUUAUUCCUCUCCGGGGCAGAGAAAACCCCGUUUUGGCGAAACCUGCUCAGUUGGUCAAAAGAGAAACACCGUGGGACAGGGGUGUUGACCACAGUAAUGUAGAGGGAUCCGGGGAGAAGAAAUCCCCUGAAGGGGAAGUGGUGGAUGAUCUUUUCUCUGCUUACAUGAAUUUGGAUAGCUUUGAUGCGUUGAACUCUUCUGGAACCGAUGAUAAAAACGGGACUGAAAAUCGCGAUGAUUUGGAUAGUAGAGCGAGUGGGACUAAGACUAACGGUGACAGUAGUGAUAAUGAAGCUGAGAGUAGUGUUAAUGAGUGUGGGGAUGGUGUGGUGAGGCAGGGAGGGAGUGAGAAGAGGGAAGGGAUGAAGAGGAGUGCGGGUGGGGAGAUUGCACCCACCACCAGGCACUAUAGGAGUGUCUCCAUGGAUAGUUUCAUUUCGAAGCUGAACUUUGGUGAUGAGUCGCCGAAGUUGCCACCUUCUCCCGGUCCACGAACCGGUUUGAUUCCGCCAGCCGGUGGAGUUGAUGGGAAUUCGUCGGCCUUCAGCUUGGAGUUUGGAAAUGGGGAGUUCAGCGGGCCUGAAUUGAAGAAAAUUAUGGCCAAUGAAAAACUUGCUGAGAUUGCCUUGACCGAUCCAAAGCGUGCAAAAAGGAUUUUGGCCAACAGGCAAUCGGCUGCACGAUCCAAAGAGCGGAAGAUGCGGUACAUUUCUGAGCUAGAACAUAAGGUUCAGACCCUACAGACGGAAGCCACCACACUAUCUGCACAGCUUACCCUGUUACAGAGAGAUUCUGCUGGACUCACUAACCAGAACAGCGAGUUGAAGUUUCGCCUUCAGUCCAUGGAACAACAAGCAAAGCUCCGAGAUGCUCUAAAUGAGGCGCUUACUGCUGAGGUUCAAAGACUAAAGCUUGCUACAGCUGAACUGAGUGGGGAUUCGCAUGGUUCUAGCUGUUUGAUUCCUCAACAUUCUGUCAAUCCUAUGAUGUUCCAGCAGCAGCCUCCCACUGCAUCCCAACAAAACAUUAAUCUCCAACAGCAACAGCAGCACCACCAGAAUGGUAAUGGCAAUUCAAAUUCCGACAUAAAACAAUAA